UCUCUCCCCAUCUCGUCUCCCUCCCGCUACCACCACUCUCCGAUCCCUCUCUCUCUCAUCCCACCGUCCCUCCCCCUACUCCGAUUUCCCGCACCUCCUCAAUUCACUCCACCAAUCGACUGACAUAUUCUUAAUUUUGUGGUUGCUUUGCCUUGCGAUUAGAAAGUAGAGGGAUUAAAAUUAGAAUUAAACUGAAUAAAGUUAGUGUAAUAGUGGCGUUGAGUUACGUAAGGCCAUCUGUCAUUCUUCUCUCUCAAGGCUCUUUGUCCCAUAUCGGCCUCACGAUCUCUCAUUUUCUCGGCCCGUACAGAUUUUCUUUCCAAACAAACACUAAGAAUUUCCAAGAAUAUUCACUCUUCGAUUUUUCCGAUUGAAACAGAAAAAGCUGUUUCCGGAGCCGGAGACCGCCACCGUCUGAACGCAGUUGGAUCCAGUUCACUGACACUCGAAAUCCAGUGACGUAAUUUUCACUUGUAAAAUGGCUAUAUGUUUACUUCGUGACGGUUCCAUUUUGAUUUCUGGAAGUGAGAAGUCAUAGUUAGAACCACUAGAUAUCUUUCUUUUUUGCUUCUGGUUAUGGAAAACGUGCUCGGCUUUUCAGGGUUUGGUAUUCUGGAGAAAAAGACACAGUGGCAUUUUGUGGGGAUCUGCUGCCUCAUGCGAUUUGAUGCCAUCAUAACCGUUGCAUUGGGGUCGCGAGGACUAUUGCAAGGAGAAGAGGCACGAGAGGAGUGAGUUAUGUCGUCUUAUCCGGACGGGCCCUUUAGAGAAUUCACCCGUUGGGGCUCCGCUGACUUCCGUCGUCCUCCUGGGUGGUUGGCAUCUGUUUGCCAAGGAAAAUGGUGGUCACGGAUUCAUGCCAUCACAUUCAGGUGACAAGAUCUUAGGUGAUGAGAGCUGCCAUCAGUCAGUUUCUUGUGUAUAUGUGAAUAAUGAAUGGUUUCGGUCGAUGAUAUGCUAUUUUUACACUUCUUAUACUCUGACUUUGUAAACACAUCAGAGCAACUUCAAAAGGACCUACAUGAUAAUAAGACUAGUGGUGUCAAUGGGUUAGGCACAGGACAAAGAUGUGAGAGAGGGAAUUCUGUAGGCUCGAUUAAUUGGAAGCCUCUUAAGUGGAGCUGCUCUAGAAGCUUGUCUUCAUGGGGUUCAGGGUUUAGCCAUUCAAGUAGCUCAAAGAGCUUAGGAGGUAUAGAUUCUGGAGAAUGGAAGUUACAACAAAAACUUUGAUCCCAAUCCAGUCACAUUCUGGGGAUGCAGCAGCCUGUGUCAUAUCUGCUGCACCUUCUGGUGAGACAACACCAAGAAAGAAGCCAUGCCUUGGAUGGGGGCAGGGUCUAGCAAAAUAUGAAAAAAAGAAAGUUGAAUGCCCUGAUAAAAGCAUGAACAGAGUUGAGGCUACAACUUCUGCUGGUAGUACGGAAUCCAGCAAUUCUAUGAGUUCUAACUUGGCUGACAAGAGCCCUAGAGUUCUUGGAUUUUCUGAUUGUUCUUCUUCUGCAACUCCCUCAUCUGUUGAUUGUGGUUCCUCACCAGGUGUGGAAGAUAAAUCAUUUUUCCAAGCUGCAAAUUUUGAUAAUGAUAUUAGUAACUUAUGUAGUUCUCCGAGUCUUAGGUCUCAAAAUCAUCCGGGAGGGUCAGCUUUUAGUUUUGAGAAAUUGGAUACCAAUUCAGUUAUUCAUUUGGGCUCUUCACUUAUUGAUUUACUUCAGUCUGAUGAUCCUAGUACGGUGAUUUUGUUUGGUCUACUGCAAUAAAUAAGUUUUUACCAUGUAAAGGUGAUGUUUUGAGGGCAUUGGAGAUGAUUGAAACUGAAAUUAAUUCAUUUGAAAAUAUGAACUUAAGUUGUUGAAUGUGACUCUUGAAGCAGAUGUCAAUUGCCAGCAACAUCUAGUUCUCUUCCUGAUGAGGAAAAUGGGAAAACUUGUGAGGAACAAAAGAUUGUAUCUGUUAUGGUUGUGGUAAUGUUCUUAGGGAAAAGCUUCCCCUUUGUAAUGGUGUCCUGGAAGAAGUGAAUGCUGAUGUAAAAGAUGGGGAUAUUGAUGGUAGUUUCUAAAUUUGUGGAACCAUUGUCUUUGGAGAAAGUGGUUUCUGCAUCAGAUAAUUUGGAUACCAGUCAAUUGACAACAAUGGAUGAGGUGGUUUUAGUGACUGCUUCAAGUAACGAAGGGAGUUGUACACCCAUUUCUGCGGAAGGCAGUAUGGUCAAAAAGAUAGAUGACAAUGCACAUGUUCCUGGAUCUUUAAACUAUGAUGCUGGUAGAGAAAAUAUAGUAUAUGUUGAAAUACUGACCCCUUAUAAGGAAUUGGAAAAUGGAGCUUGUAAAGUAUUUAAUAACCGAUUGCCAAAAGACCGGUAUAGAAAUGAGAUUUCUGAAAUUCACAAUGCAGCAAGCUGCCAGACUGAUUCCUCAAUCAGGAAAAGGAUUGCAAUGCAGAAGCAGUACUUAAGAUUUAAGGAGAGAAGUUUGUCGCUAAAGUUUAAGGCAUUUCACCAUGCAUGGAAUGAAGAUAUGCGCUUACUGUCAGUGAGAAAACGCCAUGCAAAGUCUCAGAAGAAGUAUGAAUUUAGUUUAUGUUCAACAGAUGGUGGCUACCAAAAGCAUUGCUCCUCCAUUCUUUCUCACUCACUUCUGGUGGAAGAUGCAGCAGUUUAGAGGAUAUGAAGUUCAACUUAUCUCCUAGUUUCAAGCACAAUAUUUGAUCCUGGAACCUAGGACAGUGAUGAUUAAUAUUGCAAGCAAACUGCUUCUAGAUUCCAAUGGCAGGCUUUACAGGAUUGCUUUGAAGAUGCCAGGAUUAGUUUUGGAUGAGAAAGAGAAGCAGGUUUCUAGGUUUAUCUCUAGUAAUGGACUGGUUGAAGACCCAUGUGCUGCUGAGAAGGAAAGAGCUUUGAUCAAUCCUUCGACAUCUGAAGAAAAGGAAAUUUUUAUAGAUAAGUUGGCUGCCUUUGGGAAGGACUUCAGAAAGAUUGCCUCUUUUCUUGAUCACAAGACAACUGCAGAUUGUGUCGAGUUCUAUUACAAAAACCUCAAGUCUGAAUGUUUUGAGAGAAAAAAGAAGCUUGAUCUGAGUAAGCAGGGGAAGUCUUUUAUGAAUACCUACUUGUUGACAUCUAGGAAAAAGUGGAGCCGUGAUUUUAAUGCUGCAUCCCUUGAUGUUCUGGGUGCAGCUUCAGUUAUAACAGCUCAUGCAGAAAAUGCCAUGCAAAAUCAGAAAACAUCUUCAGGUAGGAUCUUUAUAGAAAGCCACUGCAAUUCUAGAACAUCUCAAUUUGAUGAUAGCAUUGCUAAAAGGUCAAGCAGUUCUGAAAUUAUUUGGAAGGAUGAAGUAGCUGUAGCUGCUGAUGUUUUAGCAGGUAUCUGUGGUUCUUUGUCUUCCAAGGCAAUGAGUUCUUGCAUCAUUGGUUCUGCUGACCCUGGAGAAAGCCUACCACUGUGAGUGGAAAUGCGAAAAAGUUAAUUCUGUGGCUAAAAGGCCUUCAACAUCUGAUGCCACUCUGAAUAUUGAUGAUACUUGUUCAGAUAAUAGUUGUUGGGAAAUGGAUCCUGCUGAUUGGUUGGAUGAGGAAAAAUCUGUCUUUAUACAGGCCGUCUUGUCUUAUGGUAAGGAUUUUGGAAUGAUCUCACAAUCUGUUGGAACAAGUUCCAGGGAUCAAUGCAAGGUUUUCUUUAGCAAAGCUCACAAAUGCCUUGGACUGGACUUGAUACAUCCAAGAACUGGAAGCAUUGGAACACCCAAAAGUGAUGAUGCAAUUGGUGAUGGCAGUGAUACGGGAGAUGCUUGUGUCCUGGAGAGCUCAGUUGUUUGCAGCAAAAAGUUGGUGUCCAAAAUGGAGGACUUGCCUUCCUCUAUUGUGAGCAUGGACUUUGAUGAAUCUGAUAUUAACAGGGAAGUGAGUUUGCAAACUGACCUGAACUUAUCAGACGAAAAAAAUGGGAGGCUAAUAGAUCAUAGAGAUUCUGAGGCAGUGGAAGCUAUGGUUUCUGAUGUGGGCCAGACUGAGCCAAUUUCUGAAGGUGUUGGUGAUGAUAUUGUUGUUGAUGGCAGCAAGGCUGAGUCGGUUUAUGUUCAUAGAACUGCUGCUUUGGCCAAUCUAAAUGCCGUAAGAAAUCACGUUGCUGAACAGGGACCAGGUGUUUCUAUUGCAGUAUCAGGAGCUCUUGGGGAGGCUGUUGAUCCUUGCGUUUCUAGAGUAGAUACUGUGCUUGAGCCCAAAUCUGAUACUGGUUCGGGAAAUGAUUGGAGGCAAGGGAAACUUCAUUGUCCAAAGAUGGUCUGGAUGAACAUCAUACAAAAUGUAGUGCAGACACUAGCGUUUUAACGACACUUCAUUGUCCAAAGAUUAGAUACUGUGCUUGAGCCCAAAUCCAUGCGUUUUAACGACACUUGAUGACGGCGCAAUGUACAGUUAUUAAGUCCAGUCUUUUGGUAGUGUAUGUGUGUGUUUUAGGUGAUUUGUAAUGUUCCAGCAUCCUCGUAUAUGUUGUAUUUGAUGGAAAAUACACACAAAAUAAUAAUAAUCCAUGAAAGUUAAGAGGAAGUCA